ACGAUCAAAGACAUACUUCAACUUCAGCAUGAACAAAUGUCACGAAUCACUUAGUUUUCUUAGAAUCAUUGUGGAGGAGAAAUAAAGAGUAUAUAUAAAUAAAUAAAAAAUCUGCAACAAUCUACAUCAAGUUCAGUUUAUGAUAGUUACCUUCCCCAACAGAACUGAGUAAUCAAUUGCAGAAUUUCAGAGUGUUGACGAACAGUUCGAGUCAUGGCGUUGAUUAUGCAGAGUGGUGGUGUUGCAGGUCGUUUCUCGUGUACCCGACUGUGGUUACACUUUCGUGGACUAGAGCUGCCGCAAGUUUGUGCAAAUGGUGUGACAACUGCUGCCAAAUCACAGUCGUUGCUGAAGGAGAGAAAGAAGGAACUGCGCGAGGACGGGCCGGACUUGCAGGACUUCAUCUCUGGGGAGUUGUCUGAGAAGAGUGGGUGGGAAGAAUACCGGGGAAAUCUAAAGCGACAAAAGGGGGAGAGGCUGAGGCUGCCUCCGUGGCUGAAGACAGAGAUCCCCAUCGGGAAGAACUACAACAAGCUGAAGAACACGCUGCGGGACCUGAACCUGCACACUGUGUGUGAAGAGGCUCGAUGUCCCAAUAUUGGAGAGUGCUGGGGAGGGGGGGAAUAUGCCACAGCUACAGCCACCAUCAUGUUGAUGGGGGACACAUGCACAAGGGGGUGUCGGUUCUGCUCGGUGAAGACAGCGCGAAAACCGCCCCCUCUGGAUCCCAACGAGCCAGACAACACGGCCAAAGCCAUUGCCGCUUGGGGCCUGGACUACGUAGUUCUGACAUCUGUGGACAGAGAUGACAUCGCUGAUGGAGGAGCUGAGCACUUCGCCAAAACUGUGUCCAACCUAAAGGGGAGGAGCCCCCAGAUCCUGGUAGAGUGUUUGACCCCUGACUUCAGGGGGGACCUGACAGCGGUGGAGAAGAUCGCCCUAUCUGGGCUAGACGUGUACGCACACAACGUGGAGACAGUUCGACAGCUGCAGAGGCAUGUACGUGACCCACGGGCCAACUUUGACCAAUCGCUGAGUGUCCUGCGCCACGCCAAGGUCGUGAACCCCUCAGUUCUGACCAAGACCUCCAUCAUGCUGGGGCUCGGAGAGACUGACGAGCAGGUCCAUGCCACCAUGAACGAGCUCAGGGAGUCAGGGGUGGACUGUUUGACUCUGGGACAGUACAUGCAGCCCACCAAACGACACCUCAAGGUGGAAGAGUACGUGACGCCUGAGAAAUUUGCACACUGGGAGGAGAUUGGGAAGGACAUGGGCUUCGCCUACACAGCAAGUGGGCCGCUAGUGCGUUCAUCUUACAAAGCAGGGGAAUUCUUCUUGAAGAAUCUCAUUGAGAAGAGGAGGGCUGCAGCCGAAUAAAGCCCUUUAUGGCUUUCCCACUUUUCCAGGACCCCUCCACUCUCCAACCCCUCUAAAGCCUCUACACAGUAGCUGCCAUAUACCUGUAUGAGCAUGAAUGAACACAGAACUACUGAGAAAUAAUUUCAGUGUCACGACUGCAGCGGCACAAACGGAUUAUAAGCGCACAAAGACAAUGGGGCAAAGUGGGGUGCAAAAGCGUGUUGAGGGAUGGUUAGACUGACCGGCAGUAGGAGUAUUCUUCGGGAACAGAAUGUUAUGUUUUGAUAAUGGGUGUGAUGUGGGUAUUUGUGACUACUAAUGUCUUAUGUAGUUAAAUCUGCGUAGGGUGACAUGUGUAACCAGAGUCACAGUAGUUCUACCCAACGGCUAUUCUACUUCAUGACCUCACUGACAGUAUUUUAAAUAAAGCACCGCUCCAUUCCUCUUGAUAA